AUGGCGGACUUCCUGCCGUCGCGUUCCGUGCUGUCGGGCUGCUUCCCCGGCUGCCUGCUCACCAGCGGCGAGGCCGAGCAGCAGCGCAAGUCCAAGGAGAUCGACAAGUGCCUCAACCGCGAGAAGACGUACGUGAAGCGCCUCGUCAAGAUCCUGCUGCUGGGCGCGGGCGAGAGCGGCAAGUCCACUUUCCUCAAGCAGAUGCGGAUCAUCCACGGGCAGGACUGGGACCGGGCGGCCCGCGAGGAGUUCCGCGCCACCAUCUACAGCAACGUGAUCAAGGGUGUGAGAGUCCUCGUAGAUGCCAGAGAGAAACUUCAUAUCCCUUGGGGAGAUCCUGCUAACCAGAGUAAUGGAGAUACGAUGAUGGCUUUUGAUACUCGGUCAGUCAUGGUGGUGCAAGGCAUGGUGGAGACGGCAGUUUUUUUACAGUACCUUCCAGCCAUAAGAGCUCUAUGGGCGGAUAGUGGUAUCCAGCACGCGUACGACAGGCGCAGAGAAUUCCAGCUGGGGGAAUCUGUAAAGUAUUUCUUGGACAACUUGGAUAAACUUGGAGAACAAGAUUAUCUUCCCUCACAGCAAGAUAUACUGCUGGCACGAAGACCCACAAAAGGGAUCCAUGAGUACGACUUUGAAAUAAAAAAUGUUCCUUUCAAAAUGGUUGAUGUAGGUGGCCAAAGGUCAGAACGGAAACGUUGGUUCGAAUGCUUCGACAGUGUGACAUCAAUACUCUUCCUUGUUUCCUCGAGUGAAUUUGACCAAGUGCUUAUGGAGGAUCGGCAAACAAAUCGCCUUACAGAAUCCCUGAACAUUUUUGAAACAAUAGUCAAUAACCGGGUUUUCAGCAACGUCUCAAUCAUUCUCUUCUUAAAUAAGACGGACUUGCUUGAGGAAAAAGUACAAAAAGUGAGCAUCAAAGACUAUUUUCCAGAGUUUGAAGGGGAUCCCCACUGCUUAACAGAUGUCCAAAAAUUCCUGGUGGAUUGUUUUCGUACUAAACGCCGGGACCAGCAGCAGAAGCCCCUCUACCACCACUUCACCACUGCUAUUAACACAGAAAACAUCCGGCUAGUUUUCCGUGAUGUUAAGGAUACCAUCCUUCACGACAACCUCAAGCAGCUUAUGUUACAGUGAUGUGCAAAAAGACAUUUUUGAGUAACUUUUGUGUGUUUGUUUUUUUUUUUUAACUAGAAGUUUACAGCAGGAGUAGAGAAAUCCAGAUCCUGUCAGACUUCUUGAUAUGUGGCUAAAAGCUGCUGCUGAACACAUUAUUGCCAAUUUCUGCAGAAAUUCAGGCUUAAUCUCUUCCAGUGUAGCUUCAGGUUGACUCAAGUUGUAAUUUUAUAGCAGACCUAUGUCUAAGUUACCUGUAAAGUGAUAAAUUUGACCUUUUACAAACAUGUAUAUUAUCCUAGAAAAUUCAUUCCACCUUCAGAAUUCCAAGUCCAAACUUCAGUGGAAUUGUUGCAAUUGUUAGACUGUGGCAGUAAUUUAAGAGGGGGGAGAAACUUUUCACAUCUAACUUCAUUAUGAAGACUGUGAUACUAUAGCUGACUUAUGAUUUCUCAGGUCUAUUGCUGGUUAGAAAUCCCAUAAAUCCCUUGCUGGAAUCAUCUAUUUGAAGGUAGGAUUCCUGGGUGUAACGUACUUCCUGUUCAAGUAUAAAUCUUUGCAUGGGGUUUGACUGGGAGGUGCUUUAAAAAUACUGAGAUUGGGAGCUUCAGACAUAUCUGGCAGGAAGUACGAACGCAGGCAGAAGUCUAGUGACGAGGAAUUAGUGAAUGGCACAGUACACGGUUUCACUCUCUUGCAUUGUACGUAUGUCUUAGAGCCAUGGCAAAGCACAGAGCACUAUGAUACGGUCCUCUUGAAAUUCUGAUGUGGGAAGGGGGAGCAAGCUAAACUUGUAUUUCUUAUCUUCACUAACCAGAUGUUACCUGUAGGUACCUUACCUGUUCUUGAAGCGCUUUAAUAUAGCACUGGUUUAUUUUUACUUUCUUCAUGACUUCUUACAGUGUGCCUCAUCUUAAUCAGUAAGCGUUUGGUGAUGGAUAGAAGUACUUGCAAACCUAAGUGCCUCCUUGUGUUCUGUCCUCCUACGGUAUUUUCAGUGGCCUUAUGUGAGCAUAUGUGUUCCCAGCAGAGGCCUUGUGUAGCUGACACCGUGAAGAUGAAUGUUUUCUUCUGAAAAAAGAACAUGUCACAGCAGAACGUGCUUCAGCUGAUGAGGUUCUUUCUGAGACUUUCCAGUUCGGUCUAGCAAUCCUAAGUGUACUUGAGCCAAAUAUGUUGCACAGCAUACUCCAGAGUGCUGCUUGUGACUAAGAAUAUUUUACCAAAAGCUCCAUUGCAGUUACAUUUUUUGGGGGUGUGUGUGGUGGGGUGGGUGUAACCGUUGCCAUGGGAUUAAAAAAAUAAUAAAAAAUACUUCUUGCCCCAAAAUCCUCAUACACCACACAGCAUACUACAAAAUGAGAGUAAGCCUGUGAGCUUGUGUUUUAAAAAGUAGUGCCGCUACCAGGUUUCCCCCAGACUGUAGUGUCAUGUAGGCAGUUCAGCUUGCCACUUUGCCCCAUGGAACUGGCCAAUUCCUGUGGAUCAUGAUGGUGGCCAAUACUUUCUUAAAUGAAUUUUUAUUAACAUACUGCACAUGUGACAAGCGGUGCGACACAAUAUUCUCACCACUUGGAGCAGUGUUCCUGCUAGAACAUAGGAAAGCUGUCCAUCUUCUGAACUUAGCCUUUUACUUACUGUGAUUGUAAGUUGUAUUAACAUCUCUGUACCUCGUUCUCCUGUAAGUAGAAGGGGAAUAGUGUAUUUUUAUUUAGUUAGGUGCUUUGAAAGACCUCUAUUUUUUUAUAUCAUCCAAUAAGUAGUCAUAGAUUAAUCUGCGAUUUCUGCGAUAAGGCACUAUUUUGGGGGGAAAGAAUUCUGGAAAGAGCUUGGGAGAAGUCACAGUGCAUAAUCUAAACAUAAAGUCUGGGUGCAACACUGAUGUCGGGAGGAUUAAUAUAAUCUUUAGAUGGGGAUAUUUAAUGUAGAUUUUGCCUCCUUCCUGGACAUGGAUAAGAUUACUUCUGGUUUGAUGUGUUCAGGUCAUAUGUGAGCAAUUCAAGAAGGAUGAUGAAGUAGAGACCUCAAAAAAGGCUAGUGAAGCUAUUUAAAGGAUUGGACAACAUCCCUGUAAUGGGAGUCCAGAAGUUCUCCAUUUCCCUCUCUGGAGAAGGAUGACAGGUUGAUUUGGUUGAGCUAUAAAUGCUACAUAAGCAGACAACAAACCCCUGCCUGGUAGCCACAAAGUCCAGUGUUGGAAAACAGACAUUGAACAAAUCCAUGCCCUUAUUAGUCAACAAGAGGAGUAGUAGGUUUGGUUUUUUUCCUUUGCUGACAGUUGUCUGAACAAGUUUCUUUUUUGAAAAGAGACUUAUCUCUGCUCUGAUUAAAAUAAUUAAUUUGGAGAGGGUCCGUAGUAUGUGUUUUGCAGGAUGUCAGACUAGAUGAUUGCAGAAAAGACUAAAGACUGGAUAGUGGAUGAUAUGAAGUUUACCAGGAAUUUGUCUAAACAAAAUUGUUUAUGUAAAAUGUUGAUGAAUUUUGUGCCAAGGGACCUGUUAACUUACUAAAGAUCCUCAAAACUGAUGUCAGUCUAAGGAUAUAGUCGGUAUCACCAAGGCGCUGAGCACUUCUGAUGUUAGCUAAAGUGGGAAAAAUAUUCAGCAGGCUUCUCCCCUGAACCAACACAUAAAACCUGGUUUUAAUCCUUUCAGAUCACUUUCCCUGUGAACACCAGGGCCUGUAAGAGAGCCAGGUAGACCCCGCAAUGUUGGGUCACUUCUGACAAAGUAGGCCCUGGUAGAAAAGCACUAUAUGAAUCUCAGGCAGAAAUGAAUUAUUUUAAUGAAAUGAUUGAAUCAAAUCACUUGCGUUUCCCACUCCCACUUCUUUAGGGGGGUGAGGCAACUAACCUUGAUGUAACUGUUUACAUGGUUCCUAUGUUAACAUACUGGCUAAACAAACCGAAUCAACGUUUGGCUUUUCCAUCUUCAAACUUACUCUUCAUUAGCUACCUGAAAAGGAGCACAGAGUGUACUGUUGUAUUUCUUUUUAGAUUUGUUUCUAAAUAUUAUUUCUUCAUAGCAGGAUAUAGUUUUGGUACAAGAGCUAAAGGAUUGAUGUUUUGAACAGACUGAUUUUUAUCCUGAAGCAAACAAAUGAGUCACAGUUGGCUAGUAAGAGUGAAGCUUGUUCAUGUGAACCAGUCUGUGGUACAAGGUCAGGACAUACUUCUAGUGAAGGUGGGAAAGCAGGUAGAAAAUCAAGUUUCCCAAAACUUUCUUAGUUCUCUUUGAUGGAGUGAGCUCUGUUAAAAAGAUCACUGACCGUAUGGAGAUAUACCACUGUCUUGUACAGCCUUCCUGUACUUGAAGGUGAAAUCGGUGUUUUAGCUGCAGUUCCCUGCUGCAGUGCGUUAAACUGAGUUGAUCGAUACCUGAAAACUGUGGCUGUUCAUCAGGGCUUUAAAAAUUUUACUUUUUUUUAUAUAUUGUAUGUGGGAGCGUAAGCCAUCAGUUUGUGUAAAACUUAAGCUUUCUUCUAGAAUAUCUGCUCUUAAAAAAAAAAAGUAAUGUGGGUUCAUUGAUCUCAAAGGCUGUAUAUUGGACUCAUUUGUCUAGUAAGUGGCUUUAAAUUUUGCCCAUCAAAAUUAUUCUAGCAAAUUGCGUAGAUCAGGUGGGUGUUUCAAGCUUCAUGACACUUGGCUAGUAAUAGUAUUUAUGAUCAGUCCCGGAUAGCUUGGUCAAACUGCAUCUGCUUGCCAUGUUUGGGAGCAACUCACUGCUUAAAGACUGAGAACUGUGCGUGUUUAACAUGUCCAUUGCCAUCAGAAGACUUCUCUGGUUAUUUCUCUUUAAGGAUGGUUGCAGAAGGUUCAUUUUCCAACAAUAACAUUUCCUGUUUCAAAACAAUCAGAAGUUUCAUGCCAUACCGAAUUGUUCACCAGUUAACUUUACAGGUCUUAUCUAUUUGAUGGUACCAUUAACAUAGGUUUUUUUUUUUUAAUUACACAGCAUUGCAAUACAGUGCUAUUUUGCAAUUUCUUUGCAUUGUACUUGAAAAGAAGUUGAAUUGCAGACUAUUUAAAACCGCUUUCCUGCGCUUUCAGUAGCAGUGAGAGCUUACCUUAAUUGAAGCCUUUAUGUAAAAAUAUAUUUUGUAACAACCUCAUAGAUCUUUAACAAAACCAAGAUUUGUAUUAGCUUUGUAUAAAUGUUUGUGGCUUACAAUUUUAUAUGUUUAACUUUUUAUAAACUUUCCAGGGACUACUUUUUAUUGUAAAUUUUUUUUUCUCCUUGCUUUAGUUUAAGAUUGGCAAUAAAUUAUUUCUAAGGGAGGUCUUAGAAGAAAAAGCAUCACUUUCUUUUUAUAAAACGGUUAAAUUGAUUAAUAGUUUAAAACCUCUUACACUCGCUUGUACAUUGCUCUGUACAUACUCUCCAAAAGUGUUGCCUUUCAGCUAUUAAUAUUUGCCUUGUGUACAAAAAUUACUGACGAUGAAUAAACACAUACA